AUGGUGCUGUUCGCGCAGUCCGAGUACAAGUACUUCGAUCCCAUCCAGUUCUUCAACUACGACUCGUAUCUGCAGCUCGACGUCGAGAUGGUCGGCACGACACUGUUCUUCUACCCGUUCGGCCUGGACCUCGGCGUGUUCGGCGGGCCCCUGCAAGUGCAGUACAGCUUCUUCAUGGGCACCAUUCACUUCGGCAAGGGGCGAGACUCGGGGUCAGAGCACAUCAUCGAGAAACAGGGCUAUGCCGCCGAGGUGCAGUUAAUCCACACCACAGAGAUAAUGAGCGAUAACGACUGUCUUAAGGAAGCCAACGGUCUGCUAGUGCUUGUCAUACUUUUUGAGGAGACAAGUGACGACAACGAGGACCUGGCUCCGUUCCUGGACGCCAUACAGGAGCUACACGGCGACGAACAGGGCCUGCACACGACGACCGAAAUCCUGAUGUCGUCGCUUAUACCGCGCAGCACGCUCGAGUACUACAUCUACCCGGGCUCCCUGUCCUUCCCGCCGUGUACCGAGCGAACCAUCAACGUCGUCUUCCAGAGGACCGUUCCCAUAGGCCAGAAACAGGCACGCGCCGCUUCGAGAGAUCGUCGCACGCGGUCUAAAAACCUGGAGGAGAUGCGCAAGCUGCGCUGGCGUCUGGGCGGGGACACAUCGUGCACCAGCCUGCUGGCGGGCAACUUGCGACCCGUCACCGGCGAAGGUCGCGUCGCCAAGUCGACGCGCACCGUGUUCCGAUCGUUCUUCUCGUUCACCUCCUCCUCUCCCUCGACCAACGCCCCGUCGCACACCGUCCCUGCUGUGGCCGCAGUCUUCGCGGCGUCGGCGUGCUUCCCUGCGGCCUGA